AUGGCAGAAGCUGCACUGUCGUUUGUCUUGCAACAGCUGUACCUACUUGGAACAGAAGAAAUAUGUCUGUUGAAAGGCCUCAGAAGUGAUUUUUCGAAUAUCCAACAUGAAUUGGAGACCAUCUACGCCUUCCUAAAGAAUGCAGAUAGAAGAGCUGGAUAUGAAGGAGACACCAACUAUAGAAUAAAAACAUGGGUGAAGCAGGUGAGAGAAGUAUCUUUCUGCAUAGAAGAUGUCAUUGAUAAGUACAUCAAGGAUGUGGCGCGGUAUCGUUGCAUUGACUCACUCCCAACGAUUGCUCUAAAACCGAAAACUUUGAUGUCACGUCAUCGAAUUGCAUCUGAGAUUCGAGAUAUCAAGUCAAUAGUUCGAGAAAUCAAGGAUAGAAGUACAAGGUAUGAUUUUCAAUCUUCAAGUAACAAUAGCAGAGAGGCAUCUGACAACUCCUGUUGGAGUGACCCACGAAUGGAUUCCCAUUUCAUUGAAGAAACUGGACUUGUGGGAUUCGAAUCCCCAAGAGAAGAAUUGAUUGGCUUCUUAACUCAAGGAACCCAACAACUUUCUGUGUUUUCGGUGGUAGGCAUGGGAGGACUCGGAAAAACCACUCUUGCCAAACACGUGUAUGAUAAUCCACAAGUACAAGAACACUUUAAAUGUACUUGUUUUCUCACAGUUUCUCAGUCGUACACUGUGAAGGAGCUAUUGAUAAACAUGGUAAAGAAGUUUUGCGAGGACGCCAAUGACCCUCUUCCCCAAGGAUUGCACAAGAAGGAUGAUAACUCGUUAGUUACAAAAGUGAGGAAAUUCCUUGAGUCGAAGAAGUACAUGUACUUAAUAUUGUUUGAUGAUGUCUGGAAACAAGAUUUUUCCGAUGAGAUUAAGCAUGCCCUUCCUAAUAACAACAACGGCAGUAGAAUCGUAAUCACCACUAGAAUUAUGCACGUUGCUGAGUGUUUCAAUAAAUCAUUUCUUGGUCGUGUUCAUGAACUACAACAUUUGCUUCCAGAACAAGCAUUCAAACUCUUCUGCAUGAAGGCAUUUAGGUUUGAGCCAAGUCAACAAUGUCCACCUGAGCUCGAGUUUAUGUCAAAAGAAAUUGUUCAAAAAUGUGGUGGCCUGCCGCUAGCAAUUGUUGCCAUUGGUGGCCUUUUGACGACAAAAGCAAAGGAGAUGAUCGAAUGGAGACAGGUAUGCGAGGAUCUGACCAUGGAGAUUGAGCGCACACCAUAUUUAAAUGCUUUAACAAGGAUUUUGUCUCUUAGUUAUGAUGAUCUUCCUCCCAAUUUGAAAUCAUGCAUGCUGUAUUUUGGCAUGUAUCCGGAGGACUACUCCAUCAAAUGUACGAGAUUGACCGGGCAAUGGAUAGCUGAAGGAUUCAUUCAGAAUGAGGGGCAAAGACCUGUGGAGGAGGUUGCUGAAAGGAGCUUGAGAGAUUUAGCACACAGAAGUUUGGUUAAAGUCUCUAAAGUUGGCCGUAAUGGCAAGGUUAAAAGCUGCCAAGUGCAUGAUUUAUUACGAAAAGUCAUCAUUAGAAGAAUGAAAGAGUUAAAUUUUUGCCACGUAAUGCAUGAAGAUGAUGAACUAGAAACGGUGGGAAUAACUAGACGCUUUUCUGUUGCUAAUUUUUCCGACAUUGUGUUAAGCAGGACUAGACUCUUCGGCAUUCGUGCAAUAUUUGUUUUCAGCAAAAGUGAAUUGCCUGCAUAUUUUGUGCCUAAAUUAUCCACCAAGUUCAAGCUUUUGAAAGUACUUGAUUUCCAAGGUACUUCGUUGAACCAUGUUCCUGAUAAUUUGGGCAAGCUUUUUCUCCUCAGGUACUUAAACUUGAGUCAUACACAAGUAGAGGUCCUUCCCAAAUCCAUAGGGAAGUUGCUGAACCUAGAAACCUUGGACCUAAGGCAAACUAAGGUGCGUGAACUACCAAGAGAGAUAACCCAACUCCUGAAGCUGCGACUUCUUUCAGUCUACUACAGAAAAAUUGAAGGGCAAAAAUGCAUAAGGGUAUCAGACGCUUGA